UGCGGGGGCAGACGCGAUCGGUAUGAGGAAGAAGAAGAGGUGUGGUGGGAGGGGGAGGGGGAGAGAGAGAGAGAGAGAAAUAUGCAGUUCGCGUUGAGGCAGGUCGGUGCAGCGCCGCGAGUCGCGCUCCAGGCGCAGAGAUCAAUGCACCCGUUCCGAUCGUUUUCUUCGUAGUCUUCUACCAUACGUGUAUUCUCGGUCCACAUCGUUGUUAUUUUAUAUAUAUAUAUAUAUAUAUAUAUAUAUAUAUAUAUAUGUGCGUGUGAAUGUGUGUGAUAGAUGUAUAAUUAUAUUACACAUCUAUCUAUAUACAUAUGUAUGUAUAUAUAUGUGUGUGUGUAACAUAAUUACGUUUUGUUAUUCGAAAGAAAGAGAGAGGGAGAGAGAGAGAGAAAAAAAGGAAUUAAACAUCUCCGAAGAAUUACGAAUUAUUCGUCGAAUCGAUGAUACGGUACUAUGGAUAGUACGGAGGACAUUUUGAAAUCAAUUUUUGUCGAUGAUUUUUGGUUAAUCAUAAAUCUGGGAGUUAGAGAAGAAAGGGAAGAAAUAGAAGGGAGAAGAGGAUCAAUUUCGUAUAAGAGUCCUUCGUGUUAACUCGAGGAAGGUUCAAGAGGAGGAACGAGAAGAUAAAAGGAACGAAAAAUAUAUCUUCUUUUUCUAAAGGAAGAGAGAGAGAGAGGGAAAAAAGAAAGAAAAAACGAAGGAUGUCAAGAAUGUCAGUUGGACGAUUCUUCGUCGUCGUCGUCGUCGUUGUUGAUGCAAUGGAAGGAUAUCGUACUCAAUUUAAAAUGAAUGAAUGUCGAAUUUACGGAUGAACGAAAGGGAUGAUGGCUAUUUUAUUGUUGUAUCCGUGGACCAAUUAGUUUCGUGAUAAUAAAUGGUGACCUAGGGGUGGCACGAGAGAGAGAGAGAGAGAGAGAGAGAGAGAGAGAACGAUUGAAAUGAGAGAGAAAAAGAGAUAGAAGGAAUAGAGAAGAGGAGGAGAGAAGAUGAGAUGAAAUGAGAUGAGACGAGAUGAAAUGAGAUGAGAUAAGAUGAGAUGAGAUGAGAUGAGAUGAGAUAAGAUGAGAUGAGAUGAGAUGAGAUGAGAUGAGAUGAGAUGAGAUGAGAUGAGAUGAGAUGAGAUGAGAGGUCGUAUGCUGGUUAUUAUAUAGUAAUCGAAUGUAUGAAAGAAAAAGAAAGGAACAGAAGAAAGAAAAGAAAGGGAGAAAAGAAAAAAGAAAAAGAAAUAUUCAUGGCCGAAGAAAUUUGUCUCUUGGAUGUUGUUAUUACAUCGGCAGAGAAUGGGAGGAGAGGACGAGUUUGUACGUAUUGAGAAAUCAAUGGUUUAACCUCGAUUGAAAACCGGGGGAGUACGAGAAAGAGAAAGAGAAAAGGAAAGAACGAGAGAGAGAGAGAGAGAGAGAGAGAGAGAGAGAGAGAGAGAGAGAGAGAGAGAGAGAGAGAGAGAGAGAGAGAGAGAGAGAGAGAGAGAGAAAGAGAACUCGAUGGAUCCGAUGGUGGUACGCCUACGUAAUGUGCAUUCCUUCGAGCAUAUCCAGUUAAGUUUCUGGUGCAUGUCAUGCGUCGAAAAGAAGAAGAAGAAGGUAGUAAGAAAAAGUAGAAAUAAUAAUAAUAAUAAUAAUAAUAAUAAUAAUAAUAAUAAUAAUAAUAAUAAUAAGAGUAAGAAUAAAAAUAUUAGCGGUAAUAGUAAUGGUAAUAGUAAUUUGUUAAAAAAGAGGAAAGAGGAGAAAGAGAGAGGACUGUAACGAAAGGAAGAUAGAUAUAUUUGGAGAAAGGAAUGUUCUGACACAAAAAAUACGUACGCACGCACGCAUACAUGUACGCGCGCGCGCGCGCACAGACACACACGCAUAACAUAUAACACACAUGCAUAUAUACAUACACGAUAUUUACAUGAUAUAUACGUAUAUCGAUUGUGUCCGAAGUAAAAUCGGCACACUUCGUUCUCGUUUGGGAUCCUCGAACUCCUCGUUACCGAUUGGGAUACGUGUUUGAAUAAUUAAAAAAAAAAAAGAAAAGAAAAGAAAAGAAGAGAAAGAUGACGUUUUUAUUACGACAGAAUCUAGCCUGGAAGAGCUGGAACAGUCUGGAUAGAGGGGUAGAAAGGACGUGAGGGGGAGAAAAAGAAGAAGAAAUAAUAGAAAAGUAAAGAAAUAAAGAAAUAAAAAAAUAAAAAUUAAGAGUCGAAGAAAAAGAAAAAGAAGAGGAGGAAGAAGUGGUAGUGGGAGGAGGUAAAGGGGGAGGUGUGGAGAAAGAGAGGAGCAUUCGCAGAGGUGUUGCGAAGAAUGUAUAGGUGUACGGAUUAUCGAAGCAUCGUCAGGAUGUUCAAGAGCAGGAUCUUUCAAGGCGACCUCAGCCCAGUCCCGAUUCCGGGCAGCUUGCAACAAUCCAGUCAACAAGGUCAGCAAAAUGAGCAAGAGCUGGCGACAAAAAUGUUGCAAAUUCAAAGCAAACGAUUCUACCUUGACGUGAAGCAAAAUAGACGCGGAAGAUUUAUCAAAGUCGCCGAGAUCGGAGCAGACGGAAGAAGAAGCCAAAUCUAUUUAGCACUGAGUACAGCAUUCGAGUUUCGGAACCACCUGUCAACGUUUAGCGACUAUUAUGCAUCCCUAGGUCCACCGAAUCCGGAAAAUGUACCGGAUGAUGGAAAACUCAAGUCAGAAAUGAUGGUCAAGGAUAACAGGCGGUAUUACCUGGAUCUCAAAGAGAACUCUCGUGGUCGUUUCCUGCGGGUGAGUCACCCUGUAUCACAAACGAUAACACGAGGAGGACCUAGGACGCAGAUCGCGAUACCUGCGCAAGGUAUGAUUGAGUUCCGUGAUGCGUUGACGGAUCUUUUAGAAGAAUUUGGUACCGACGAUGGAGGUUUUAAAGGUGACCUACCCGAUGGCCGCUAUAUGCGCGUUGAAGGAAAGAAUUUUUAUUUCGAUAUAGGUCAAAAUAAUCGUGGCAUCUACAUGAGAAUUUCCGAGGUGAAAACGAACUUUCGAACAGCCAUUACCGUACCGGAGAAGUCCUGGGCGCGUUUCCGUGAUAUAUUUGCGGAUUACUGCGAGAAAAUGCAAGAAGGUGGUGGAGCAGGGGUUGGCGUUGGUGGUAUGAGCGGUGGCAGCGGUGGCAGCGGUGGAAAUGUUCUUUCAGAUGGGAAGGGCUCGGUAGUGGCACAGGUGUCCCAGUCGAAGAGACCUAACAGCAACAACAACAACAACAACUACAACAACAACAACAACAACAACAACAACAAAAGCAAAAUCGAGAAACGUCAAAGCGAACAACGUCAGCGUGAAAGUUUGAAAAGACGAAAAUCCUUACCCCAACACGGAGAAACAUCCACCGUCAAUCCUACAAAAUCCAUGUCAGCAUCUGUUUCACAAUUAACAACAACAACAACAACAACAACAACAACAAUUCCUGCUACAACGGUCCCAUCCAUCAUCAUCGAUCCAUCUCCUUCCAAUGUAAACACGUCGAUAAUAGCCGCUACAGUCGUUGGACAAAAGAGCAGCAACGUAAACGAAGGAAAUGUUUCUACCAAUACGGCUACUAAAUCGACUUGCGAUAUGCAAGGUAUUUUACAGUUCGAACCAAUUGAAAUUUAAAUUUCCCGCGCCGAACAUUUUCGAUUUCUCUUAUCCUAUCGGAGAUUCGAUAUUCGUUCAUAAUUUAGCCGUGUGCGGCGCGCCUACUGCUGUUCGGCCGAUGGCCGCCAUAUUACCGCGCAUGCGCGUUGUUGUCUUUUCUUUAGACGCGCGUUGUUAAAUCGUUCCCUACAUAUUACGUGUGUUCUUUAUUUUCUCAUUAAAAACAUUUCUCAGCUUUUCCUUAUGUUCUCAAAAGACAAAGUCAUUAUUUUUGAUAUAAUACGAGAAUUAUAUUUUCCGCGGGUUUUCUGUUUCAUUAAUAAUUAAUUCAUUCAUUAAUUUAAAAAAAGAAAAAAAAAGGAAAAAAAAAAGGAUAAAUCAAGUUAGAUACCGUUCGAGUUAAUUCUUCAGUUUUUUUAAUUGAUUAUGCGUAAGUUUAAUAACACCCAUAUAUAUAUAUAUAUAUAUAAUAUAUAUAUAUAAUAUAUAUAUAUAUAAUAUAAUUUGUUUCUCAUACGUUUCCUUUCGUUUACUUCUUACAUUAACAAAAAGCUUUUUACAUGGAUUCUAAUCGGUUUCUUUAGAUGUAUUAUUUUGUUAAUUGAAGAUCAAUGUACGAAUGCUAAAAGAAAUAAUUUAGGACGUUGUGACAAAUAUUGAAUAUCAACGAGUGAAGAAUAAAAAUUUUAAGAGCUGUU